GAGAGAGAGAGAGAGAGAGAGAGAGCAAACAAGGCUCAGCAGCGGCAGCAGCAUCAGCGCCAGUGGCGGCAGCAGCAUCUAGGCAUCUGCGCGUCUCCGAACUGCCUUGUCUCGCGCCAAUCGAUCCCUCAGCCCCGUUGCCGAUUGAGAUCUAACAGCGGCUUUGGAUCUUAACGAGCCUCCUCCAUCCUCGUCCACAGCUCGGCGUCUGCCUUCGUUCGCUUGACUACCGGUUCCGUUUAUAUCUACCCAGUUUCUUUAAAUUUUAAUGGGAAAUGGCGAUGUUUGCCCAGUCUUCCAGUCUGCUCUGCCUGCUCUCCGUUCAAACUGUGCUGCUCCUCAGCCUCUCCUCACCGGGAACGGCGACGCUCCUCUUCCCUCAGCACUACACGAUGAUGCACUGGGCAGGUCGCAUAGAGAAGGAACUGGAGAAGGUGCUGCAGCUCGUCACUGGAGUCCAGCAAAUGAAAGGAAUUUAUAAUGAGAAGAGAAAUCAGUUUGCUGUGGAGCGAAAUACACCCAAACAGCUGGUGGAGAAGGUGUCUGGAGACAUCGCCAAACUGCUCAACAGGAAACGCAAAGCACUGGAGAGGUUGGCUAGAGAGGCUGAAGACAUCCAACGAGAGCAUCCAUGGCAAGACGGAAUCAAAGAAAAUGACAUCCAGUACUAUGACUCCAAAGGCGACUCAGAUGUUUCAGAUGAUGAUGAUGGAGAAAACCUCUUGCAAAAUCCAAACUCUCUUUCUUUGGAGUUUGUGGAUGAUCCCAACUUCAAGAAUAAAGUCAACUACUCAUAUACAGCUGUACAGAUUCCUACUGAUAUCUACAAAGGCUCUCCCACGAUCCUCAACGAGCUGAACUGGACUCAGUCUCUGGAGAGGGUCUUCAUUGAAAACAGUCGUGAGGAUCCUUCGCUGCGCUGGCAGGUGUUCGGCAGCGCCACUGGAGUCACCAGAUACUAUCCCGCUACAAAGUGGAGAGCACCCAACAAGAUUGAUCUGUAUGAUGUGAGGAGACGCCCGUGGUACAUUCAGGGAGCUUCUUCCCCAAAGGACAUGGUCAUCAUCGUGGAUGUGAGCGGUAGUGUCAGUGGACUGACCCUGAAGCUGAUGAAAACCUCUGUCAUGGAGAUGCUGGACACACUUUCUGAUGACGACUACGUAAAUGUGGCUCGGUUCAAUGAGAAAGCGUACGCCGUGGUGCCGUGCUUCACAACGCUGGUCCAAGCCAACAUAAAAAACAAGAAGAUCUUUAAAGAGGCUGUGAUGAACAUGCAAGCGAAGGGGACAACAGACUAUAAGACGGGCUUUCAGUUUGCCUUUGACCAGCUUUUAAACGAGACCAACGCUCCGAGAGCAAACUGCAAUAAGAUGAUAAUGAUGUUCACAGACGGUGGCGAGGAUCGCGCUCAGGACAUCUUUGAGAAGUACAACUGGCCAAACAAAACAGUCAGAGUUUUCACAUUCUCGGUGGGGCAGCACAACUAUGAUGUCACUCCUCUGCAGUGGAUCGCCUGUGCCAACAAGGGUUACUACUUUGAGAUCCCUUCCAUCGGAGCCAUAAGAAUCAACACACAGGAGUAUUUGGACGUUCUUGGACGGCCAAUGGUGCUGGCAGGUGAACGGGCUAAACAAGUGCAGUGGACCAAUGUUUACCAGGAUGCUCUGGGUUUGGGGCUCGUCAUUACUGGCACAAUGCCAGUCUUCAAUCUCACCACUGACGGGGACUCCAAAAAUCAGUUGAUUCUUGGUGUCAUGGGUGUAGACAUCGCCCUCAGUGAAAUUAAAGAACUCACACCGCGGUAUAAGCUUGGAGCCAACGGUUACACGUUUGCCAUAGAUCCUAAUGGCUAUGUGCUGCUGCACCCCAACCUUCAGCCUAAGAUCAUUAACUUCAGAGAGCCGGUCACAUUGGACUUCUUGGAUGCUGAACUUCCAGACCGCAACAAGGAGGAGAUCCGCCGUCAAAUGAUUGAUGGCAAAGCAGGACAGAGGAGAAUCAAGACACUGGUGAAGUCUGUGGAUGAGCGUUACAUUGACGAGGUCCAGAGGACGUACAUAUGGAGUCCUGUGGAGGGUACAGAUUACAGUCUUGGUUUAGUUCUGCCUUCCUACAGUGAAAACCACAUCAAGGCCAACCUGAGCGACCAGAUCCUCCAGGUCCAGUACGGAUCAGUCUUCAAGGAUUUUGAGUCUCUCCUGCCAAACACUUUUGAGUCAGAGGGACAUGUGUUCAUUGCCCCCAGGGAAUACUGCAAAGACCUGGAGCUGUCCAACAACAACACAGAGUUCCUGCUCAACUUCAUCGCUCUGAUGGAGAAGGUCACGCCAGACUCCAAACAAUGCGACAAUUUCUUGCUGCAUAAUCUGAUCUUGGACACGGGCAUCAUUAAAGAGCUGGUAGAUAAAGUCUGGAAGAACAAGGACCUCAACACAUACGGCUUUAUGACAGUCUUUGCAGCCACAGAUGGAGGCAUCACUCGAGUUUUCCCUAAAAGGGCCUCUGAUACCUGGGAGGAAAAUCCGGAGCCAUUUAAUGCAAGUUUUUACCGUCGCAGUCUGGACAACAAGGGCUACAUCUUCAGAGCCCCCUACCGCACUGCCAAUGAUGAAUCCAUACUGAAUCCAGAGAACGACACCAUCGGCAUUCUGGUUAGCACUGCAGUGGACGUUACCAUAGGAAGCAGAAACCUCAAACCUGCAGUUGUGGGUGUGAAGCUUGACCUUGAGGCCUGGACCGACAAAUUCAAGAUCCUGGCAAGCAACCACACCAACAGCAACCGACAGAGUUCUCAAACGUGUGGACCAACCAGCGGCUGUGAAAUGGACUGUGAGGCCAACAGUGAUGACUUGCUUUGUUAUCUGAUAGAUGACGGCGGCUUCCUCGUCAUGUCCAAUCAGAAAGACUACAUGAAUAAGAUUGGGAUGUUCUUCGGCGAGGUCGAUGCCACCCUGUUUUACGCCCUCUAUAACAACUCCUUCUACAAACGCAAGCAGUCUUAUGACUAUCAGUCGGUGUGUGACCCGGUGCCCAGCAGCAACACAGGGGCCGCCCCGCGAGGAGUGUUUGUGCCUACUAUUGCUGAUGUGUUAAACGUUGCCUGGUGGACGUCAGCAGCUGCCAGGUCACUGCUGCAGCAGAUGCUGUAUGGAUUCGCCUAUCAGAGCUGGUUCAUGACAGAUGAGGUGGAUGCUGAAGGAAUGGAGUCUAGAGAGUCCAGCUGUGUGACGGUACAGACACAGUUUUACUUCAGUAACAUCAGCAGUUCCUACAACAUACUGCAGGACUGUGACAACUGCUCCAGGUUAAUUCAUGCUAGGAGAAUAAACAACACCAACCUGCUGUUUGUGGUGGCUGAAAAACUGUCCUGCGACUCCUGUGAAAUAGAGAAACUGUCUCAGGUGGAGACGGAAUACAAAGAAACAAAUACAUGUGAAACAAUAGCCACAGCCCGGUAUAGAAAAGGAACCACCACCUGUUUCGACUACAGUGUUUUAGAGAACACAUCAGACUGUGGGCGGGGUCACUCGUUCCGCCCCUCCCCCCUCACGUUACUCCUCCUCCAGCUCCUCCUCCUGUGUGUUCUGGCCCACCCCUCUGUUUAACUCAGUCCUCCUGUCCUCCUCUCCCUUCUUCUCGUCUCCUUAAUUCCGCUUUUCUCCUUUAUCUCCCCGUUGCUCUAGUCAUAGGUAAUAUAAAGGGACUUCCUCCUGCCCUUAUAUGGAAGCCCAGUCGUACUGCUUCAUCCACUUAGCUUCACAGGUUGUUGCUUAGUGACCGUUGCAGAACUUUGUCGUCUCCUGCCAAUCAAGAGCAUUUGUGGAAGGAGCUAAAAGUGUCUUUGCGAAAACUGGAAGCUAGCGAUGUGGAAACCGACGGCCAUCUUGGACCAUUGAAGAAAUGGUGGAAAAUGACAUGGACUGUUCCCUCCUGCCUUUGCGGCCGUAAGGGGGUUGGCUUUUGUUUGACUCCGCCUCUAAAGGGGAAAGGUCAUCCUCAUCAUCCUCAUCUUCAUCCUGUAACCCAUAUCACGAGGCUACAGGACAUUCUGACGCCGUCUAGCUUCCGGUAAUAAUAAGAGCAGAACUUUAAGUGAUUCUCAAAAAAGUAUUAUGAGUAUUAAAAACAUACCUCCAUAUAUUAGGGUAUUUAAUGAGAAAGGGAAGGCGAUAGAUGCUAUUUAUUCAAUUAUCUUUUGUUUAUUUAUGCACUGUAUCUACUUCUUGCCAAAAUGAGACUUGUUGUGUGGUCUAACUUUUCUAGCCAAAUUAGGAGGUAAGAAAACCACAGAAAAAGAAAUUAGUAGUGAAAUUAAAGAGGUAUCACACCAUUCCUUCAUCCCUCACAAGGGCUUCAUAUAUUUCUUAUUUCUAUUUAUAUCACAACCCUGAUCCGAUUAGGUUAGGCUUUUUAUUUGUGUUUAUUAUUUGUAUCACAAGGUAAACUAUAUUAAUGCCUCAGUAAUAUAAUAUUUGCAGCUAAUAUGUAAUAAUGUGUUCAUUUUUAAAGGAAUAGUUCACCGAAAAAUGACAAUUUUGUCAGAUUUAUUCACCCUCGUGCCGUUCCAAACCCGUUUGCUGUUAUUUUUUUCACCAAAUUAGAAAUUUUUAAGAAUCAGAAUAGUGACCGUGAUUCCCAGCUCCAUAAAAAAAGUUUCAUAAAGUCCCAUAAAAGCAGUGAGCAUGAAGUUGUCUAAAGUCAUACCAUAGCUUAGUGUUAUGAUCAGACCCGAAAGCUAUUGUAUGGCUUCAGAAGACCUGGAAUAUCGCACAUAAAUCAUAUGGACUACUUUUAUUUCCCUUUUUUUUUUAUGGAAUGGAAAAUAUUUAGGUGAACUGUUCCUUUAAAUGAGAAGUGCUAAUGAAGAGAUUUUUGAUGGAUUGAAAUGCAGUUUGAGUGUUUUUAGCGAUGAUAUCUGUUUGCAGUCUUUGUAAUUCUGUGCUGUACAGUUUUUCACAAUCUCAGAAUGUCAACCACAUAUUGCAUCACUUCACAACACAUGCUGUUUGUUUGCACCAUUAUUUGCACUGAUGGUCUGUGAAUAGUAAAAGCAACCAUGAUCCUAGUCAAUAUGGUCAUUCAUGUAGAAGAGAAAUGUUUUAUUUUUCAUAUGUACGUUAGGCCCAAAACAUACUCAAUGCAAACAUUUCUAGAUAUGUAGGCUGGAGUAAAUGUUAAAUAAUGUGCCGAUGCAACUGAAGCAUUUGCGUCUGCUUUCAUACUUGUAUAGAGUAUGUUUCAGGCCUCAUUAUCUGUCAUGACAUUAGAUCUUAUGUUGAAAUGUUGAUAAUGCUAUGAAACUUAAGCAAAAAUCCUUGUUUUGGGCCCUGCAUCACCCUUCUUUUAGCUGUGCCUUGAUGCACUUUUAUAUUGGACAGCACUGAGCUUCACUUUCAGUCAGUUCAGUGCAGUAAAAGUCUUUUAUGGGCCUUAAAACUCACAGGUUGUGUUUGACAUCGAAUACUAUCACACUGCAUACUACAUUCUUCAUGUUAUUUAAAAAAAAUGCAUUAAUAUUCACUAAUGAACAUUUUAUGCUUUAUUCUGGUCACAUGAUUGCUUAGAGGACCAAUUACAUUUGUCAAAAUAACCAUUACAAUAAAUGGAAUACAAUAUUUAUCAUGAUUAGCCGCGGCCUAUUAAGAAAAACUGUUAUUUUGCCUUUUACUAAAGUUUGUUUAAAAUGUCUGGUCAAAUAAUCAAGUCAAGAGUGAAAUAGUUAAUAAGAUAAUCACAGUUGAUACUGCUUCUGGUCAUUCAUCACACCGGAAAUGGCAGGUCAAGUUGAGUGCAUUGCAUUGUGGGAUACUGUUUCAAGUAUUCUACACAUUUGGAAAACCUGCAUACUGUGUACAAUGUGCAUACAGCAGAAAUAGUAUGGUUAGUAUGCUAGUAUGCUAUUCCGGACACAGCUCGUGCCUCCAAACAUCAUCACCUGACUGAUAUAAGGGAAUGCAUUUUUUUUUAUUUAGAGUAUUUUUGAGCUGCAGGGUUUACACUAACCUUCAGCUUCAUCCCUGCAAUGUACACAAACUUGACAAGCACCUUUAUUUUGCAAGUAAACGGGGCUAAAUCUGAACCUCACUGGCUGAUUCUCAGUUGCACGUCUGGCAUUUUAGUGGCCAUCUCCUUCAAUGCUCCUUUAAACCUUUAAAGUUCAGUGGCAAGAGGUUUAAAGACAGCCCAUUGGUUUUAGGAUUGUCUUUGUAAGAGCUUUUCAUGCAUUCAGUCCUAUUGCUAAGUUGCUAACGAGUUUUGGUAAAGUAGGUGUUGAGGUUGAACUGACAGCCCUACAUAACCUCAGUCCAUCUGUGGCUUCACAAUGGAGGCGGUUCCUUAUAUAAAUGUGAGGAUGGCUUUUCUGCUGUAGUUUAUAUAAAGUGAGAGUUUAUUCAAGGUUUGCUGAUGGUUGAGGAAGUGAAUCUGUGUUUGCCGUUAUGUGACAUAACUGUGAAAAUAGAUGAUUUUAUGAGAAGUAUUUUGAGAGUAUUGUCAGUUGUUGGUGUUGAAGGAAUGAUCUGUGUCAAAUGAAUGUUACAUAUCUGUCUGUCUGGAGGCAAAAUCUGUUAAAGCCUGUUUUACUUGCCUGUGCAAUUUUAAAAGACAGCACUUAACAUGUUAAACAUAUCCUCUCUCUGUAUAUUUUAAGUUAGUUCACAUGAAAUGUAUCAUUUAUUCACCCUCAUGUCGUUCCAAACCUGUAUGACAUUCAUUCGUCUGUUUGAAAACGAAUGUUUGGAAAGGACAUCUCCAUUUGUUUUAUGAACGAAAGAAACUCAUGUCUGUCAUAAGGGUGAGAAAAUGAGAAUUCAGCUUGGGUGAUCUAUUAUUUAUUUUCUGGUUUUCUUGUCUGUCAGGAUGUCAUGAAUUUUAAACACCUUAUUUAAGAGGUGAAAAUGCAUGUGUGAUGCUAGUGGACAUGAUUCUUACGUCACUUAGUUUGUCAUCCACCUUCAGAACUAACUUGUUAAAGAGAAAAUGAGGUAUAUAUGUUAAGCUUGAUUCAGUGGACUGUACAUAUCACUAAUAUUCUGACUAAUCCUGACACUGUCACAUGUGACUCCUGUUUAUAACCCACAUCCUGAUUGGAUUUAUAAAUCAAUCUACAGUAUGAACAUAUAUUUUAGACCCCAUUGAGUCCUAGAAAUGGGGAAAACACCAUUUCUGAAAUAUAAGUGCAAUGUCAAAUGUGGUACUCUAAACAGAAAAAGAAAAAAAAAGUUUUAAAAAGACUGUAUAAGCUUCAGUAUGAUGUGCAAAGUUUAAGCGAUAGUUCACCCGAAAUUAAAAAUUCAUCAUGUACUCAGCCUCAAAUUUUUCCAAACCCGAUAUAGGCAAAAUAUAAGUGUGUUUUCAUACAAAAUCAUAAUAAAAAGUAUUGUAACCAGGGGCUUUCGAACUCCUUAAACGACAUAAUGCUUUAUAAAAAUAUCAUAGAGGCUGUCCAUAUUUCUUGUGCACAAUAUUGCAAAUCAUUGAGAAGAUUUUAAGUUAUUCAGUAAAAAAAAAAAAAAAAAAAAUAAAAUUGAUCCUCUAAAUUUGAAUUUGUGUGCAUUCAAAUGGUUUGGAUUGACAUAAGAGUGAGUAAAUGAUGACAUAAUAUUAAUUUCUGGGAGAACAAUCCCUCUAAUUCACAAUUUUAAUGUUGAAACAUGUUAAACGGCUAAUGUGUACCUCUUUCUUUGCCUGAUUAUGGAAACAAUCUGCUACUUCAUUUCAUAUCAGGGCAAAGAGUGCUCCGAAAGGUGCAAAUAUGCCUUGUUCUUUAUUCUGGUGAGUUGUUUUAAAACUUUGCCACACUUGUUUUUUUUUUAAUUCUUGUAUUUUAUUUUUUGGGGGAAAGUGUGUAAUUGUCUUAAAACUGGAACACUGUCGAUGUACAGGGGCACUGAACUGCCCAAAUUAGGGAAACACAUUUUGGCAAAACACUGCGAUUAAAUGAUCAUGAAUGUGUCGGUCUUGUGUCACAAUUCCAAGUACACUGUGGAACAAAGUCGUUGUUUUUAAGUGGUCUGAAAGAUUUGCUUUUGCCAAAAAAAAAAAAAAAAAAAGAGAGAGAGAGAGAGAAAAAAAUAGUAAAGCUAAAAGAGGAAGCAGCUUGCUCAAGGGGAGGGGCCUGAUGUAUAACCCGCCCACUGGGAGGAGUCAUUAGCUCAGACCCUCCCCUAGCCCCUCCCCCUCCAAAGCAACAUCAUUGUAGGCGCGUUUCCAUCAGCGAGACGUGUGUAUGUGAUUACGUAGUCUUUAGUCUGGUGCCCGUGACAAAUGUGUACAAAAAAAUAUAUAUAAAAAAAAAUACAAAGGAGAAACUGAAUUUAACAUGAGUGAGGUUUUAAAAUGUAUUAACAAUUAAAAAAAAAUAGAACAAAUAGUACUGCUAAUAAUACUCAUGAGUUGAGGUCUGAAAUCAUGGUGAGCGUUUUUCUUUCGUUCGUUUAUUGGAUUGUGUGUUGGGGGCUCAGUGCCUCGUCUCUGGGUCCAUGUUGCUCCAUUUUUUUUGUACACACAACAAAAAAAGACAAGGGUAAAUUUGUAAAAUAUUGUGUCUGUGACUCCUUGUAAAAUAUUUUCAAACUGUUUAUUACAGAGAAUCAGUUAUUAAAUAAUGUUCAUAUUUUUCACUUCA